AAUCAAGUGGCGAAGCACAAGCUCCUGCGCCUCUCAGGAAGCAGAUGUAUUACCACACAUGUAUACAAUUCAAUAUAUGUUUCUAACCUUUCAGGAUGUCUACAUGAACAUCAUCUAUCUUCUACAACUAAUACUCCCUGAAACCUAUGUUCAUAUCUAAAAAUCUAGCGACAUUCUGUCUUUCAUAAAAAUUCUCUUCCUACACCUUCCUCAUUCAGAAUGCAGUACAGACCUCUUGACGACACGAAGAACGAAAUCCGAGUCCUCAAGUUCCUCGAUGUAUCCAGCCCGGUCUCAACCGAGGAUUCUAUCCAAUGCUAUAUUGAACAUGUCCCGCUGGAAUACUCUCCUCACUUUCAACCCCGUCAAGAAAACCUGCAAUGUCAAACCGAUCCGGUAGUGUGGGAUGUGUUUACCGAGUGUGUAGAUCUACGAGAUUCGACGCUGGAGAAAUCAACACUGAACGAGACUAAAUACCUUAGUACAAUCCCAAAUCACAAUCAUACUAGCGACUUUCGUUACACUUGGGGUGAUUUCGAGGCUUUGUCAUAUACGUGGGGUGAAGGAGGUAAUAAAGGAAGUAUUUGCGUAAAUGGAAUGGACAACGCUGUUCCAAUCAAUCUCGAAAACGCGCUACGAGCUCUGCGUGAUCUGCCAGAGACACGUCUGGGUAUGUAUUAUUGGGUGGAUUUGUUAUGCAUCAAUCAGGAUGAUAAGAAAGAAAAAAACAAGCAGGUCAAACGCAUGAAAGACAUCUACGGUCGAGCUAGGGCUGUGAUUGUCUGGUUGGGCCAAGAAGAGCAAACAGACAGCCAUGCAGUCGAGAUCAUGCGUUUUAUUUGCAGGAAUCCCUGUAUGAAAGAUCUAAUACAGUUCCCGGAAUACAUGCCGUCUAGAGCACAGUCUGCACUUGUCGCCUUCACAAGAAAGACUUAUUGGACCCGAUCUUGGAUCAUCCAAGAGCUCGCCAUGAAUCACAACUCGACCUUGAUAUUAUGUGGUAAAUUCAAGCUCACAAGAAGGAUGAUACGUCUGGGUGCUCUCUGCUGCCGGGAGUUACUGGAAAUCACAGAAAUCUUGGAUUACCUAUCCGAUGAUGACUUGUGGCAAGAGACACAGUCUCUGGCUAAUCGAAUGUAUGCUCUAGUAAAAUUUGCCUUCAAACCAAAUGUUGGAAUAGAAUUGAGCAUUGUGUUGAGCCUGAUACGCUGGUCAAAGGCCACCAUUGACAAAGACAAAGUGUAUAGUAUACUAGGAUUAAUAGAUCCUGGGAUCUCUGCGGAUCUUAUCCCGGAUUACUUCCUUUCAGAACAGCAAGUCUUUACAGAUUUUACAAAAUCUGUUAUCAAAAACUCUGGUAAUUUGCACCAUAUCAUUCUUGGAGGUAUCCCGGACAUUAAGGGGUGGCCUUCAUGGGUACCUGAUUGGAGACAGCCGUUUUUGCUUAAACACAUUCGUUACCUUCGACCUUUCAAAGCAAGCGGGGAUCUACCCGCCAAAUUCCGAUUCGAGAAAGGGGAGGAGAUCGAAAACCUCCUUAUUUGCAAUGAAUUUUAUGUGGAUGUAGUGGAUAAAGUCGCGACAGAGACUUCACAAAUUGGGCACUUUACCCGAUCAAGUACCGACUCCAACAGGUACGGUGACCUAACACGUCAAUCAAUACACCAAACCAUGCUCUUGGACUGCCAUGGUGUGACAGAAGAACCACUCUUCGAAAUACCAUGGAUUCAAAAUUGCGAUGAGUAUUCGGCUUCGAAUAACCCCUUCGUUGACCAGGAGUGGAUAAAACUCUUUCAAUCGAGAAACUAUAAGCAGUUUCAUAAGUUCAGGGAGAACAACAAGCAUUUCCACAUAGGAGGCCGAAGUUUUCAAAGUCUUUUCCCACAGUCCGCUGGGAAGAACAGUGAUGUUUCAAGAAUCUCAGAUGCUCUGCUUGCAGCUUUGGUUUCUUUGAUGCAAAGAAGCCUCAUCACAACGAAAACCGGAUAUCUGGGUCUGGCUCCAACAACUAUUCACGCCGGAGAUGUUGUUGCUAUCUUGUUAGGAUCGCAAAUCCCGACAAUUUUACGGCCAGUCAGCGACACUCGUUUUCAAUUUGUAGGGGAAUGUUAUAUUCACGGACUCAUGGAUGGGGAAAUACUGCCUCAUGCAUUUGAUGAAGACGUUUUCGAGAGAGAGUUUGUCUUAUGUUAG